AUGGUGAACAAGACUGCGCUGAUCGUGUCCUUCCUCUUCGUGAUCACGCUGGGAGGUGUGACCAACAAGUUCGCGUACCAGAUCAAAGAUGUGGGGAAUCCCGACUACCCGGCCCACUACUUCAAGAAGCCCUGGUUCCUGGAGUUGCUGAUGUUCAUCGGCAUGACCAUGUCCUUCCCGCUGCACUGGGCCAUCCAGGCCUGCUCCAAGCCCAAGGUCGCCGACGGCACGCAGAGCGAGCCUCUCUUGCCCGAGGAGGUGGGCGACCGCGGAUGGAAGAUUCGGGCCCUGAUCUUCCUGCCCGCGAUGGGCGAUCUCGUCGGUAGCAUCCUAAGCUUCACUGGCUUGGUUUACAUCAGCAACAGCACGGCGCAGAUGCUGGGAUCGUCCAUCAUCAUCAUGGUGGCCGUGAAUAGCUACAUCUUCCUGGGCCGGCGCUACAACGGCAUCCAAUAUGCGGGCAUGGGCAUCGUCCUGUCCUCCCUGCUGAUUGUCGGCUAUGCGGCGCAAAUGGCCGCCCACGACAAGAAGCAAGGGCUGCAGGAAGCCUCCGCCUCACAGCAGGCUUUCGGCAUGUUCCUCUGCGUCUUAGCCCGGGUGGUGAACAGCAUCCAGUUUGUGUUGGAGGAGAAGGUCAUGGGAGAGUCCGGCCUACAUCCCUUCGAGGUGACGGGCACCGAGGGCGUCUACGGCCUCGUGAUGACUGCUUGCGUGCUUAUGCCCAUCUUGGCCCGCAUCCCGGGAAACGACGUCGGAGGGGUCUACGAAAACACGGAGGACUCCCUGCUCAUGAUCAAGCGAAAUCCUACCUUAGACUUCGUGCUCUUCUUCUACCUCCUGGGCCUCUGGGGUCUGAACGCCCUAGGCAUGAUGGUCAUGAAGCACCUGGGCUCCGUCUUCCGAGCCGUGUCUCGAAACAUGCAGGCGCUCUUCGUGUGGCUGAUCGACAUGGCCCUCUUCUACGGCCUGGGAAGUGAAGGGUUUGGCUAUGGGCCCGUCGGGGAGCCCUGGAACGGAACCGCAUCGUGGAUCCAGGUGGUCGGCUUCAUCUUCAUGACGGUUGGCGUGUUCGUGUACGCCUACGGCAACGCGGUGCAGCAGGUCGCGGCUGCGCAGCAGGAGGAGCUCAAGGGCAUUCCAUCUCCGAUCCCCGUGGCCCACUCCAUGCGGGAGCUGGCGUUGGACCUGGAUCCAGCAUCCUCGCCCGAUGAUCGCCCACGCUACCCGUGCAUCCGGUUUCCAGAGCACCCCACGAUGAGGGCGCCCAUGCUUACACGGUUCAUUGACAGCUAG